AUAUAUAUAUACAUCGGGAUUCGAAGCUUAAAAUGAAGAUUUAGGAACUCAAUUGCUUUGAAGCUUACAAAUUGAUUGAAUACAGCAAUCAGAAACAAAAUGGAAAUUACAUCUACAAUGGAUAUAGGAAAUUGGAAAAGUCACUGGAAUGAUUUCGUCACAUUUUUCAAUGACAAAGGUAUUGAUCUUUCAACAUUAAAAGGAAUGGAUGCAUUUUUGCGUGAGAAUGGUUUAGACGUUUCAAAAAUUAAUCAGGAAAUGGCUUCCGAAGAGGGUAUAACAGGAAAAGCUGAUGCGAUAAUGGGAUGUUUGUGGUCUUCGAUUGCAGAGUACAGGAGUCAGGGUGACCUCAUGAAAUCGUCAAUAUCUUUCCUCUUCUCACUAACGGGUCAUCUCGAGUCAGUUAUUCCUUACUCUGCUCAGCUUAAUAAAGUUUCUCCAAUUGUUACAACUUUCUUGAAUCUUGUUUCAAAGGAAAAAGACACCGUAAAAAAGCUAGCGGAGGAAGUUGAAGCUGAUGAUGCUGUGAAACAUGAAAUUGCAGGCAUAAUAGAAAAGCUGUCCACUUCUCAGAUACAUGUUUGUGCGAUAAAUGACCCAGACGAUAUAGACACGAACGCAAUACAAGUCAUGACAACUAAUGUUAACAUUGACAUUGGCGUGGAGCACAUUGGAAAUUUGAAAAGUCGGAUUGAGAGUCUGAUCUCAUGUGAUAUGGACAAAUCACUUGCUGAAAGUUGUUUACUGUACAUCGAUCUGUUUGUGAGAGUUUCUAUGCUCAGGCAAACUUUACUUCUGCAGAUGUUGACAGUACUAAGAUCAACGAAUUACAGUCCACAGACAGCUACAGCUAUAACAAAGGUCAUGGAAAAGGACAGUUCCCGAGCCAGAGAGUUGCUGAGGUUUUUGGAAUCACCAACCAUUGAGAAAUCAGUUACACUUUUUGCGUUUUUCGACUUUGGUGAGCAGAAGCAUAUUGUACGUUUUGCUACCGAAUUGAACUUAAAGCUGCAAGAUCUUAGUGGUAAUUUUGCUAAUCAAGAUUUAUGCAUACAACCUUGUGAUGAAGAGAAAGGAGAAGAGUACGUUCUUUCAAGACCAAUGCCACGAUUGUCCAAGAUAAAGGCACUUAACAAGGUUAAACGUGACACAAAUUCCACUGACGUCCUUUUUCGCUUCGAGUUUCUCCCUGGUUCCCAAAACCGUUUUUAUAUUCGGUCAAACGAUGGUAGAUUCUACGUUUGGAUGAAAACAGAUAGAUUUUGCAAAUGUUGUGAGCACAAACCAGGGGACGAUGGAGAAUGGAUAAUUGUAAGGGCUGAUGGGAAGGAACCUUUUUAUCUCUUUUCUCCCAAGAAAUGGCCAAACCGAUUUAUUUAUUUAGACAAAGGAAUGUUUGAAAGUGUCAGAGGUCUGGAUGACAAGCGUACCUGUGGAACCGUAAGGCGGUGUUUAUUCAAAUUG